AUGAAAUUAUAUGUACUAACAUAUGCAGCUCUGCUGCUCUCACAGCUUUAUCCAGACCAGAUUAAAGGCAGAGAGCUUCCAGAAGAGAAUGAUGGAGAAGAAUCCAUCAGGAUACAAGAACAUGGACAUGCUUCCACUUCUUUAGAGACUGAAGACACUGAGAAGGACGAAGAGGACAGUGAUGUAGAACACCCUCUCUCUGAGCUGAAACACUUGUCAGAAUCUAGAUAUAAGAAAUGUUCUACAAAGAAGAAAAAUGUGGAGUCACGGAGGAAAGUCCAGACUGGAGGGAAGCUAAGCUGUGAAGACUGUGGCAAAACAUUUAUUGGAAAAUAUAACUUAAAAAGACACAUGAGAGUCCACAUAGGAGAGAAGCCGUUCUGUUGUGAUCUUUGUGGGAAAAGAUUUAGCCACAAAGGAAAUUUAAACAAUCACAUGGGAAUCCAUACAGGACAGAAUCGUUUCUGUUGUGCUGCAUGUGGACAAAGAUUUAGCUCUAACUCACAACUAAACACACACAUGAGAAUCCACACAGGAGAGAAGCCUUUCUGUUGUGAUCUAUGUGGAAAAAGAUUUAUUCAAAAAGGAAAUUUAAUCACACACAUGAGAAUCCACACAGGACAGAAGCCUUUCUGUUGUGAUCUAUGUGGACAAAGAUUUAGCCAAAAAAGAAAUUUAAACAAUCACAUGAGAAUCCAUACAGGAGAGAAGCCUUUCCGUUGUGCAGCAUGUGGAAAAAGAUUUAGCUCUAACUCACCAUUAAACACACACAUUAGAAUCCAUACAGGACAGAAGCCUUUCUGUUGUGAUCUAUGUGGAAAAAGAUUUACUCAAAAAGGACAUUUAAGCACUCACAUAAGAAUCCAUACAGGACAGAAGCCCUUUUGUUGUGAUCUAUGUGGAAAACGAUUUACCCAAAAAAGAGAAUUAGAAAAUCACAUGAGAAUCCAUACAGGAGAGAGGCCUUUCUGUUGUCCUCUAUGUGGAAAACGAGUUAGCCGAAAAGGAGAAUUAGAAAAACACAUCAGAAUCCAUACAGGACAGAAGCCUUUCUGUUGUGAUCAGUGUGGAAAAAGAUUUAGUGUAAAAAGUACUUUAAACAACCACAUGAGAAUCCAUACAGGACAGAUGCCAUUCUUUUGUGAUCUAUGUGAAAAAAGAUUUAGGUUUAAAACAACUUUAAAGACACACAUGAGAAUCCAUACAGGAGAGAAGCCUUUCUGUUGUGAUCAGUGUGGAAAAAGCUUUACUCAAAAAAUACAUUUAAACAGACACAUGAGAAUCCAUACAAAGCAAGACAAGGCAAGUUUUUUUGUAUAGCAGAUUUCAGUACAAGGACAACGCAAGGAUCUUUCCAUGAUUAAAACGAAGUAAAAUAAAAACAGAAACACCGUUGGAAUAAAUGUAGGAAAAGCAAAACAAAAUAAAACAGGAAAAUGGAAAUUAAGAGCAAAUAUUAAUAAUUUUAUAAACAAUUGGUCUAAAAUUUUGAACUAAUAAUAUUUCAGUUAACUGUUUAAAACAGUCAAAAGCAAUCCUAAACAAAUCGCGGGCAGCAGAGUUCUGGAUCAGCUGCAGUUAUCUGAUCCACUUUUUAGGCAGACUUGUGAAAACACUGUUGCAGUAGUCGGUUCUACUAAAUAUAAACGCAUGGACUAGUUUUUCCAGAUCCUGCUGAGACAUUAGUCCUUUAAUCCUGAAAUUGUUCUAUAGGUGAUGGAAGGCAGACUUUGUAAUUUGAUUCAGACGUCUUUGGAAAGUUUUCUAUACAGCUGGAUGAAUCUACAGACAUUUCCAAUGCUGCUCAGCUGAUAGCUCUGGUGCUCUAUCCUUGAGAGGGAAACAUUUCGGAGGAUUUUUGUUUCUGCAAGGAGGUCUUGGGCAGGACAACUGGUGAGGAAAUAUUUAAGCUAGUUGAUGCUUUUCUGACUGAAGUGAGACUGAGGCUACUCAUCUAUCCUUAAAGUUAGUGAAGAAAUCACCACAUUUAUAAAGAAGAAGAAUAAAAGAUGGAAUAACAGACAUGUUUCCCCAACUGACUGACUUUUUAAACAAUGAGAAGCUGUCUGUUGCUAUUGUGAGGGAUGUUGUGACUUCACACCUAACAUCACUGUGUGAGAACUUCAGCUCAUAUUUCUGUGAUGUGAACACUGAUGCCUGGGACUGGGUGCUGAUCCAUUUUCACCUGCUGCAACAAGAAAUGGCUUAAGACAGGGGGGUCCAAACUUUUCGGUACAGGGGCCAAAACUGUCAGGUGAAAGGAACUUGAGGGCCAAAAUAAAUAAGCAAAUGAUUUUAAUUUUUCACCUGCUCUACAAAGUAGGAUGAUUUUAAAUAAAUAAAUCAGAUUAGUCAGAUUUUUUGUAGGAAAUGA